CGGCGCUGAAGGCUUCAGCUGAGAGUCCCUGUUUUUUUAACAUUUAGAUUCUAAUAUUUAUUCACAGUUAUUCAAGCUUAUACAUUUUAUAAAGCGAAUCAGUAUUAUAACGCAGAUCCGCUAUGGAGAGUUAUGAUAUUAUAGCGAACCAGCCGGUGGUGAUUGAUAAUGGAUCUGGUGUGAUUAAAGCUGGAUUUGCUGGAGAUCAGAUUCCCAAAUACUGUUUUCCUAAUUAUGUUGGCCGACCCAAACAUGUGAGGGUGAUGGCUGGAGCGCUGGAGGGGGAUCUGUUCAUCGGUCCUAAAGCAGAGGAACACAGAGGAUUGUUAUCAGUCAGGUACCCGAUGGAACACGGCAUUGUGAAAGACUGGAACGACAUGGAGAGAAUCUGGCAGUACGUUUAUUCCAAAGAACAACUGCAGACCUUCUCUGAAGAGCACCCGGUGUUGUUGACUGAAGCUCCUCUGAAUCCCAGUAAGAACCGUGAAAGAGCUGCUGAGGUUUUCUUCGAAACCUUCAACGUUCCUGCUCUCUUCAUCUCCAUGCAGGCCGUCCUCAGUCUGUAUGCCACAGGCAGGACAACGGGUGUGGUGUUGGAUGCUGGUGAUGGUGUGACCCAUGCUGUUCCCAUCUAUGAAGGCUUUGCGAUUCCUCACUCCAUAAUGCGUGUGGACAUUGCAGGGCGGGACGUGUCCCGAUUCCUCCGCCUGCUCCUGAGGAAGGAGGGAUACGACUUCCACACCUCCGCUGAAUUUGAGGUGGUGCGCACUAUCAAAGAGAGAGCAUGCUACCUCUCCCUGAACCCUCAGAAGGACGAGACUCUGGAGACGGAGAAGGCUCAGUACACCCUGCCCGAUGGAAGCACACUGGAUAUCGGACCGGCGAGGUUCCGAGCACCAGAGCUGCUCUUUAGACCCGAUCUGAUUGGAGACGAGAGCGAGGGCAUCCAUGAGGUUCUUGCAUUUGCCAUCCAGAAAUCUGACCUGGACCUUCGGCGCACCCUGUUCUCCAACAUCGUCCUGAGUGGAGGCUCCACACUGCUCAAAGGGUUUGGAGACCGGUUGCUAAGUGAGGUGAAGAAACUCGCUCCCAAAGAUGUUAAAAUUAAGAUUUCAGCACCACAGGAGAGACUGUACUCUACAUGGAUCGGAGGCUCGAUUUUGGCAUCACUGGAUACCUUUAAGAAGAUGUGGGUAUCUAAGAAAGAAUACGAGGAGGACCGAGCACGUGCCAUCCACAGGAAAACUUUCUAAUGUCUCACCCAACCUAAACAACCCCCCCUAACCCUAACCCUAACCCUAAACCCCCCCAUAUCUUCCUAACCUUCCAUCUCCAAGUAUCUUAUACCCACCGAAACUGUCCCCUCCCUCCAGUACCACCCCUGUACUCUUCCCACUCUCGGUAAAACCUCAUUUACCCCCUGCACCUUACCCCCAUCCCCCUUCCAUAAGCGCCCUCCUGCCCCCUCCGUCCACCCAGGCUGAUCAGAAUACACUAGCUCCUGUCUCAAUUCACUCCAACUCAAUAGAACUAGGUAGUGCACAUUGUUGCCAUGGCGAUGUGGGGAAUUGAUGGUCAGAUUUGAUGUCACCCUGUACUACUGUUGCUAAUCAGUUCACUUUAGCAUGUGAGGUCAGACAGGCGUGCACUUCCUAUUCCUGUAGGAAGGGGUGUGUCUUCCACAGUGGUUGGAAGGCCACAGCACCUUUACUCAUUUACUAUAGAGAAGAAGCUGCAGAGGAUUUUCGUUGGUCCAGUGUUGUGGUUUGGUUUGAAUGAUGUGAUGUUAUUUCCUGUGGGCGGAGCCACGAUGUGGGUGUUGCGCAGCUGCACUUCUGUUUUCUUUAAUGCAUGCUGUAACCGCUAGUGAUGCUGCACAUUGUCGUCAUGGUUUUGUCUUAGCGUCUGCACACACUCACGCACACACACACAAACAGAUCUGAAUUGCACAAUGAAGGUUUGUUAGCAUUAGCGUUGUAGCUUCCAUUACAGUUUAGUUAGCGGUGAUAUAAUGAAGAAAUUCAUAAUUAAAUAUUGACUCUGAUCCCUCCACAUCUCCCCAAACCAAGUGCUUGUUUUCUCUCUCUCUCUCUCUCUCUCUCUCUCUCUCUCUCUCUCUCUCUCUCUCUCUCUCUCUCUCUCUCUCUCUAUUUGUAUUGAUACUUUACUCAUCCUAGAUUAGAUGAAAUUAAGAAGAUGAAGGAAUGAUCAGAUGUAUUAUUAAAGUUUAAAUUAAAACAAAAUACAGACAAGGUCAAAAGUUUACAUACAACUGUAAGGAACAUUUAUUACUGUUUUAGGAUGUUAAUAAUUUCCAUAGCUCUUGGUUUUCUUUGACUAAAUGAUUGAAACUUCUUUAGCCAAAAAACGUUAAUGGAAUUUCUUUAUGGGUUUUUCCACUGAGAUUGGACUUCUGCUGUGCUAUUGACCAUCUGGGCAGCCAUGCAUACAUGAUUGGUUGUGCCUGAGGAUUGAAGGGGAUCCUUAUUGCUCUUGCAGUUGCUGGUUGGUCGAGGUAUCUGCAUAAGCGAUGGAUGAUUCAUGGAUAUCAGUGCGUAACUCAAUACUGGUGAAGGCAUCUGUGUUGAGGGGUUCAUGUAAAAUUCAGAAAAUCCACUAUUAACUAUUUAAUUUGUAGAUAAAAAAAAAGUUUAUUUCAGUGAUUCAACCAUUUUUUGGCAUAAUUGAAAUGGCAGCAGCUGAACUCUAAAAACUGUAAUCUGUGUAAGUGUUCAUCAGAUCAGCCAUCAUGCCUCUUCUUUACCCCAUGUUCUCUGUCCACUUUCCAUUUACCCCCCACCCCUGUGUAUAGUGCAUUGCUAUGAAAACAUUCAAACAGCACUAAACUGUACAAUAUUAUUGUUGCCGCUGUUGCUUUUAUUUUCAUUUUGUAAAUUCAAUAUAAUGAAUAAAUUAAAGUGUCUGAA